CUACAACAAGACUGUCUUUCACUAUCUAUGGCUCUGUACAAUGACUUGAUGAAUGUUAUAAAGGAUGAGUCUUUGGUGGCUUUGUCCUGCCAUCAUACUUAUCCAAAGCUUUAUAUUAUGUGAUUCUAAUACGUGCUCAAAGAAUGUGGACUGUAUUAACGGCAUUUGCAAGAGUGGACAAUGUGAUUGUGUCGGGAAUUAUUGGUGGGGCGAUUUUUGCCAGUAUUGCCGAGAACGGUGAGAAGUGUUUGUUUUGAUCGUGACUCGCAUGAAUGAAAGUUAUUUUUACAACUUUCAUUAAGCUUAUAUCAUGUUCUUCUUAUAAGUAACCCGUACUGAAGAUCUUAAGUACCCUAAACAUCGUAAUAACUUUAUAAAUUUAUUCGAAAAUCAUCCAAAUGUGUACGUGCUCAUCUGUUCAGGUUGGCUUUUAUAUUAUUAUUGAAGCUUGUCCAUCAAACAAGUUUUAAUAGCAACUUGAGCUUUGUGGAUGUAUUCAUGGCGUAGUUGUCGGGUUUUUGUUGUAAUAAUAUUUUGUUUAACCUCGCACGAUCUUUGGUCUUCAGGUCUAAUAAAGGAUUUUAAAGAAUCUAUUUCUUACUUACUUUUUAAUCUGAUAAGGAAAAAAAUUGCCUUGAUUUUUGUGAUACAUGAUGCACGUGAAAUUAUUUUCUAAAUUAGCAAUUCCUUUUAAUUAUUUGACAGCUGUUUGUAAUAGUUUUCAACAGGCCUCUUGCACUUCUGUGUCUUUUGAUCCAGAGAGACUUAAUAAAACAAGGAUUUAAAAAUACUGACGAUAUAAAGGAGAAACAAUAGAGUAUGCGAUAGUUGUGUUAGGUGCCAAAUUGAUAGCCCCUGAUCAUCAAGGGUAGAUAUUUUAUAGCUAUAAAGCUGCCAUGAUGGAAAGCAUAACUUUCCACCCCAACAUCUUCAACCCGGGAUUCCAUAUAUGAUAUUAGGGACCUUAAGCAAGGACGAUGACGACAGCAGUAAAAACGUCGGUAAAAAAAUGAAUUUGCGUUCUUUGAAACUUAAUCGCGUCUAUUUGGACCCGCUCAAAAUGUCAAAUGUAGGCGACGAUUCCAGGAGUUGAAUUCUUAAGGAUUUUAUUCAGGUUCAAAAAGAGGUUGGACAAUUCGUCAUCGUAUGUCCACGUCCUCCAUAAAACAUCAAAUAAGGAGGUUUCACGUCGUAGUCGUGUAGUGGAGGUCAAAGAAAUGUACUAAAAAGCGUGAUGCACAUGCAGAGCUGUUGUUUUGAUCAUUAAACCUAUUGUUUUUUUGAAGUCGUCAAUGUGGUCAUCAUCGUAGUUGCUUAAGCUCCCUAUAACUGCUAUGAUAGCUAAAAAAGAGCAUGAUUAAACUAGCUAUAAAACAGUUGUAGUUAUCAUACAGAAAAAAUGGUUGGCAGACAUACAAGAUCUGGAUUUGGAGAACUGGGCCACACAGCCCCAAAAAGAAUUUCCAGGGGUACCCCUGCCCCCUCCCCCUCGGGCAAUCAAAAUGCCAGCCGAAUGGUCAUAAUAGAUUUUGAGGGGUAUGCGGCAUCUUUCAAGUCUACAUAGGGUUUAACCUCCACCAAGCAGCCUCCUAUUAAGGUGGCUGAACACAGUUUUAGCAGUUCGUGAUUAUAUGUCAUUUGCCAAAUCAUGCAAGAGAAAGGUUGCUGCUCACAAGCUGAAGCUUGGCGAGUGAUUGCCAACAUGAUUGAUUGAAUACAACCUUAAAAUUUCACUGUUUCUCAGUUUACAUAAUAUUCGCUCAUAACGGAUUUUCCUAUAAACUCGCACACAGCUUACUAUAAUUAAUCAUUACUAUUUGAAACUUAUUUGACCAAAUUGUAACAGACGGGUUUUUCGAUAAUCAAUGGUUUAAUUGUACUGUAAUUAUUAAACGUGUCACAAAUCUUCCAUUUUAAAGUUCUCAUUACUUAAGAUACAAUGAAAGGAAAAAUUCUCCAAAAUAUCUCAAAAUUCUAAUGAGUAGAUGUUGAGAAAUUGUCUUUUGCUUUUUUGCUGCCAUGUUUGUUUGUGUAAUUUAAACACGUGCUGUCACACAAGUCACUGCUGACCGUCUGCAAAACUGUGUUCAGCCAUCUUAAGUGGUCACCUUGUUUUGUUUCCCUUCAUAUUUAAACUUGUAUGAGAGGCCAGUCUACUGACUUCUGUGUGCGUAUCCUUGUUGUGCAGACGCACAUAUGCAGAAACAAAUGAACGGAAGAUAACUGAAGGAAAGCAGAAAUCUUUACCAUCCAAAUGUGCCUGGCUUAUUGAGUUAAAUACGUAAGUGUUACAAUUAAGCAAUAGACCACACUUUCUAUGGGUUUACUGGCAUGAUAACCCACGUGGGAUGUUGGGAGAACAUGAGAAAAGUUCGGCUCAUGAUUUACAAGCUUUUCGAGUGUUCUCCCUGACCCAACAUCCAAGUGGGUUUAUCAUGCCAGUAAACCCAUAGAAAGUGUGGUUUAAUGCUUUUAUAAAAUAACUUUAAAGCAUGUUCCAGUUUUCUAUGAGUUUACCAGCACAAUAAAUCAUAGGUUUUUAACUAGUCAGAACGCACAUACCAUAUAUCUUAGUUAUUUUAUAAAGAUGAAUAUAACACUAACCUUUAUAUACAAUGAAAGUUAUUUGAAAUUUACAUUGAGUAUAGAUUUGGACAAGUUUUAUUUGUACCAUGCCAAUUGAUGUGUAUGCACGCCUAUUGGCAGAGUGCUCAAUAAAAGGGCUAGAGCGUUAUAAUCAAGGAGAUCUGACAUCAAUGUAGAAAUCCUACCAGGCGUUUUAUUACUUGUUAUUUUCGUACUGCACGGAUCUUAUGUUCAUAUCAGAUCACCUAGAUUACACUACAAUUGUAGGUACAUGAAGUAACAGUCUACCAGUAAGACUAGUAUUAAAUAACCAUAGGUUAUGGAAUGUGGGCGGCAAUGGCCAAACAUCAAAAUGCUCUUGCUCCCACGCUGUGAAUAUGUAAGUUUCAUGCAACACACAGGUUUCAAAACACAAUUUUAAAUGGUGCAAUUACCAGCCAUAUGGGUAACCCAUUGACUGGGAGUCAGUGUUUGUCCACCCUCCUAUAGAUUGUCGCUAUCAGUACCACUGGAAUGUGUGGUGAACAGUGUGGAAAUUAUGCAGGCUGAUAAACAAAAUUUAUUGGAUGAGGUUUUUGUGAUAUCCAGAAUAAAACUAAUCUUGACCUCGGGUACUUCAGAUAUUGCAAAAACGGAAUCUACAUUUAAAUUGGAACACAGUUUAAUGACAUUGCUCUAUGUAUUUGCUAGGCAGAUAACUACUCUUUAGGUAAUUGUGCUGAUUUCCAAAAUUAACUGCGGGCAGUCUUACUAUGUAGCUUGUGAGAAGACAGAUAGUGAGAACAGUAUAGUAAUAAUGUUUAAUUAAAGGGAUGACGAGAAUAAAUACCAUAAUUUCCUAUAAAGUUUACUGAGGCUUUUCCUUUUAUCUUUUUCAGACCUAGAAAUAACAGAUCUAUUAUAGUGAAUGUAAAUGAAUUUAAUGGUGCUAGCUGUGGUAACAGACGGUUGAAUAUUUAUGAUGGAAGUUCAGUUCAUUCCCCACUCCUAGCAGUUGUCAGGUAGGAUUAUUUGACCAUCAAUAGUGCUCUUCAACUUGCAAGUUUGUUCCUUAGUAAUAGUCAUCGGCCUAAUCAGAUAAAUGCGAGUGAUGGGGAUCUGCUGGCAUUUCAUAUUGAUCAUUGGAAAUAAUGCGAUUGACCCUCUUGAUCGAAACUAAUUUUAAACUAAUUUUUAUAACAAUUCCUUUCUUGUGCAAGUCAAAGUACAUGUUGUACAAAUUUUUCAUUUUUUCUUUACUUUGGACCACUAUAAAAAGCUCCGAAUUUUCUCUGUGCCUUAAUUUGGGUGAUCAAAUGUUCUUUGAUCUUUAAUAAUUAUUAGACCAUUAAAAAGGCAACACAUUAGACUCCAUUUUUUUUGUUUGCUGACAAGAAACUUAAUUUUUUUUCCCACGAUAAUCAAUGGAACAUUUUUCAUAAUUGAUUAUCGCAUUGCCUAAAGAUUUCGAUCGAUGAUCAAAUAUUGUAAUCAAUGAUUGGCAUACCACUAGAUAGUGUCCUCCUUUAUCUGCAUAAUUCUUCAGAUUACACUCAGCCUCGUCCAAUAAUCGCUAAUUAUCAUUUUAGUGACAUUAUUUCCACUGCAACAAGAGCAAACUGGGAAUUACCGCUGCUUCAGCUAAGAGCAAAAUCUGGGUCAGCAUUCAUCGUGCUUGCAGGAAAAGACGAAAGGUCCCAUAGUGGAGACUGUUGGUUAAAUAUCACUUACAGGUACAUAUGAAGGGUUAGUUGGAAGAAAACUCUCAGUGGCUAAUUCUGAUAAACAGCAAGAUUCUCCUUCCAAAACAAACUUCCACAUUUAGCUUUUCAAUUCCCUGUCUAAUAAUAUAUAGAUUUAGCCAGGGCUAAAAGCGAAGCUCCCAUUAAUAAAUUUAUAUUUUAAAUCAAACAAUAAACUUGUAAUCCACAAAUCAGUUAACUUAAGGGCACAUUCAUGUGACUUUUGAGGGAAAGGAUAAUUCAAAGUAGACAGACUGCAAAUAAUCUUAGUUGAUAAAAAAUAUAUAUCUACAGUAGGUUGCCUAAAAUGUGUGCAAUUCCACAAUUGGUUUCGGCUCCAUUAGAGUGAAACAUCUUACAUCGAGUUGAUAGCCUAAAUAUAUGUACACCCAAAAAAUAGCAAACAUCUUCUAUCACAUUCAACAGCCAUAAUGGCUCUUGAUCACAGUAGAUUAGGCCUCGAAAACAAAUUCUUGGAAAACAAAUGAGGCCGCAUUUUUUUGCUUUCGACAGGUUUACUUUACAAAUUCUUGCCAACAAAUCUCAGGCUGUGUAAACCAGCUUUUUAUACUUUUUAUACAUCACAUCUGAGGUGAAACAGUACUUUUUAUCAUACAGACCUCGGACAGAAUAUGGCAUUUCACAAUUUUUCAAUAUUCACUGAUGAUCAAUCGUGGGCUUUUAGCGAAACCGUUCAAAAAAUUUCUAAAAUCACUCAUAUGGCCAGCCGGUUCUCAUAUUUAGUGCGAGCUGUCAGUGCGAUCGAGUGUUUGAAUGAACUUUAAUGGAGAUACGCUUCAACAUAAAUAUAACGAAUUUAAUAUCAUUAUUUUUUGUUGUUUAAUGGUUCCAGUUAUAACGAUGUGUAAUCUUAUAAAGCGUUUGAUACGCGCGAUGUUCAUGAACGAUGAAAACAAACACCACGGACAAGCGAUUAAAAUUGCAAGAGAGACUACUAACAAUCAAUAAAAGAAAUAUAAUUCGGUAAAACAUUUACAGAGACAACAAUUUUCAUUCACGAAGACAAGUAUUAAAGUGUCUCUAAAAAUCCUGAGUCUUAAAGCUUAAAGCUUAAGCUUAAGUUUAGUUUGUUUUACUUUCAGCCGGCCUCCCGGUGUUUGUUUUUUUUUUCACAGAUGAACUCCUCGAAACAAGAAAAUCACUCGAAGUUUUCUUUCUACAGCCAAAUUUAUAACUAAAUAUUCUUUGGAACGUUUUUUUUUUUCUAAAUGCUGUGAGAAAAUAUAUCUGAAGGCCUUUUAAAGUUCUGUAAGCUUAUAUCAAACCAGAUACUAGAUCAGAUCAUUGACUCAAAUCUCAACAAACGUGCAAAAACUUGCCGCAUAAACUGUGCUCGACUUCAUGAAAUUAGAUAUAACAAAAACAAACAUUAAAUACAAUAAUUACUCAGGCUUACCAUUCGAGAUUCAGUUCCUGAAAGAUGUCAUGGAAGGCCAUAGUUGCUUGAGACUUUUAAACCCUCUUACGCAUUGAGCAAAGUGAAAGACGAAAACGAUGCCAUCCGAAAUCGGAUUACCCAAUUUUGACAAGCGACGCAUUUCUCAACCAAAAACCAAGAAACAAACAAGCCAUGGAUAACAGAAGACUCUUGAUAGCAGCUGUAUUUCAUUUUGUACAUCCGGUGGAAAAAGACAGUUAAAAACAUCACAAGUUGACUCAAAACUUUGUCAGCUUUUGCUGUCAAAGUAAACAACUUUCAAGAUGCUGCAUAAGUUUUCCGCAUGACUCACCUGUCAAAUUUUGACCAAUCAGAGUACAAAAAUUGGACGUAGAGCGUGACCAACGCGUGACCAUGGCAAGAAAAGUCUUCCCCGCCUUUAUUUUUAAAAAAACGGCUGAAUUUUCGCGUCCGAGGUCAGUUUGAAAUCAAAAACUUGACAGUGCGGGGCCAUAGUGACAUAAACACAACAUAUUUCAUAUGAAUCAUUGGAAAAAAUAGACUUGAGCCUGCGAUCAUUUGAAACUGGUAAUUUGUCAGCGGAUAACUUCAAAAAAGUACUCGACCUCGAUGGGUUGACGCUGGAGCACACGGUACGGUCAGGUGAUACUGGUCAGCUGAUAUCCUGUUUUGACAGCUGUCAAUUGAUCACAACAUUGACGUGCAAUUACUUUUCUAUUGGGCUCCCAAACUAGCUAGAAAGUGUGAGAGUAAAAAUUGGUUUCCCUGUGGUGCGGACGGAUGGUCGUACGGUCACGUGAUUACCAAAUUUUCUCAGAUGGGUAGAUUACCACAUUUCCUUAGCUAUGGGGCUCCGUCCACGCGCGCGCGAAGCGCGCGCGUGGAGCUCCGCUAAUAAUAAUAAUAAUAAUAAUCAUCAUAAUAAUAAUAAUAGUCUUUUUAUUUAAUUCAUAAGAUAAAAACUACAUAUAUGUUACAAAACUUCCAAUUUUGAACUAAGUUACAUUGUAAUAAUUACAGGGCUAUUGAAUUAUAUUUAAAUAACAAAUAGAGUAUAUUACAUGGCUACGUGGAGAUACGAAAUUUCUCUCAGAGUAUUGAAAAAUAUUUCACAAGUGUGUGCAGCAAAGGAGUGAAAUAUUUUCAACACUCGAAGAGAAAUGUCGUAUCUCCAAGCGGCCAUGUAAAAAUUAUGUUCUAGUUAUUGUAUAAACAUGAAUGGAAUAUCAAACCAUUUUACUUAAACAGUAAACUGUUUUUUUCCUGCAAAGGGCACGAUUUAUUAUGUAGCCAUAGCAACGGUGAUCUUUUCACAUAUGAAAAUAACAUGUUAUUUGCACGUGCAAAGAUAUCAUGUUUUCAUGCGAAAGCUCACCUGGUAUUUCAUUGGUGUUUAUACAAUAAUAAAAAAUCUAAAAGUUAUUAACUCAUUUAUAAAAUACCAAUAAUAUAUUGCAUAAUACCCUGAGCAACUUUGCAAGUGCUCUGCUUUAUGUGUACCUUUGAUGUUUUAGUUUUGAAGAAGAGUGCUCAACAAAAUGCCACAGUUAUGGUGUGUGUGCCAAAAGGUCCAGUCAAACUUGUAAAUGUGAUCCUGGUUGGAUGUCCAGUAACUGCAGUUUACCAACAUGUCCUGUUCCAUGCAAUGAUGGCUCAUGUGAUGUGAAGACUAGGAAGUGCAACUGUACUUAUGGAUUUACAGGUACAUAGAUCUCUGUGAUUUGGUGGUAAUAUUAACUUUUAUAAACUUCUAAUUAAUGUUGUGAAAUAGAAUUAAUAUGCAUGUGCAUGAAUUAAUUCAAUAUUUCAAGCAAUAUUGGUAUUUAGUAUAUACACACUCAGUGAUCUUGGUGAUUUAAGCAAUCUGAUUGGUUCGCUAUCUCGGACUAUUCAACAAUAUUCACCUCCUAGCGAGUGGAUAAUGUGUGAGCUCGGUGUUUUUCCCGUUUUUUUUAGAGAACGAUCUUUUAAAAGUCGACAAAAUCCUAGGGCUGACUUUUUUUAAGGCAAGAAAAGACUUGGAAGGAUUCAAUACGGCGUUUUUCAAUUUACUGUAGCAGGAGUUUUGUGCUCGAUGGAUUGUUUACAACUCCCGUGUAUUCGCGUAGAAGAAGCCGUUUCGUGAACUCAGCGUUUUCUAAGAAGAAAAUUUUGGCUCAAAAAUCGAAGUUUAUUUAUGACAAACAAAUUUAAAAGGAAAUGUUUGCAGAAAUUCUACAUUUCAAGUAAACAGGAAAAAGAAUGAUACAGGAAGACGACCUCUUACCUCGAGCAACCGAGCCGCCAUUUUUGUCAGCACUUCAUGCGAAGAACGACACAACAUGCCCUUUUGGCUAUAAACUUGGCGAGUCAACAGAAAACAACACAGCUCUACUUUUUUUCUCAGGUAAGGAAACAGUUCAAACUUUUAGCGAUUCCAUUGAAGCCAUUACGCUGUUGUUUGCGAAAUGAGUAACCUUGUGAAUUGCCAUGUUUGAAAAUUCUGCAAAGAUCUAUUUUUAAACUUACGCGUGAUUUGAUCUGUCAAUCAAAUCCUACUUUUGAAUGGUUUUCUUUCUGAUUUUGUUGAGAUCACUUCGUGUGUAUAUACUAAAACAAUUAUUCUUCUCAAUCUCGGUGAAUAGUGGCUUUGGGAAUAUUUACCUCGCCGCUUUCGCGGCUCGGUAAAUAUUUUGCCACUAUUCACCUCGAUUUCAAAGAAUAAUUGUUAAGUGUAAUUGAAUGUUAGGGAAUUAUUUCAUACACUUUUUGUCUAAAUUGUAUAUUAUUUACCGGGUCUUGCCUUAUAUCGUGAGCAUACCUUUUGAUUACCCAUGAAUAUUAUCGAUUAACCAUUAUAAUUUAUUGGUGACAAAUAUUAUACUCACAAGACUAGAGGUUUCCAAACCUGGACGCCAUUUUGGCACAGUAGGAUUUUAAAGUUGCCAUAUAUGAACAUUGUAAUUUGACAUGACUGUGAAAUUAUAUUAACACUGAAAUCUCGCACCAGAAUUAAGGAUUGGUGUGUCACCCAUGAUAUUAUGUAUCAUAAUCUAUCCCCUCAAUUUGCAAGCACAAGUGUGUAAAAUUUCAGUAUUUCCUCAUUUACACCUCUGAGCAAAACAUGUUCAAUUAAACCAGGUUACAUAAAAUGAGAAACAGUGACAGGGAAUACUGAAAGACUGGCUUUAACAUCAGAUUCAAGUACCUUAACUUGACUUUGACGAUUCUGCUUGUGGAAAAUGAAAGAAAGAAGUCUAUGUCCCAAAAAAAUGCAGUACCUUUCAGUGGACUGCAAGCAAAAAAUUUGCUAACCAGUAAAAAUCAUUUAAAAUUAAAGCACUGAAUAAAUGAAUUUCAAAGUUAUUCUUCAGAGUACACAUUUCUUUCUAUAAAAAUGUGUAAGAACCUGUUCCAAACUAUAGGCAGUAAACAGGUUUUUGUAUAACGGGGGUGUAACUGACAAAUUUUAGCCUGACAGGUUAAUUGCAGGGUAGUACUGUAGCUGGUAGUGCUAGUUCUCUUGGAGUGUAUGCAGUAUUGUUUUAUGGACUUGAUGACAUUGUAUUUCAGGGGAAUCUUGUAAUAUAAAUGACAACAGAAGUCAUUGGAGCUCACCAGUAGCAAACAACCAAGGUAUUUGCUCGUGAUAAAGUCAUCUUUAGAGCUGCUAUCAUUAAAACCAAAUACAAAUUAGUGAACAUUCUAAAUAUACAUUAUUAAAAUUUUUACAGCAUACGUGUAGGAAUAUGCGCUUCGUUCUCUUGAAAAAUCGUGGAAAGAAAUGCAGAGUCAAGAAUAUGGUCGUGUCAUUUUUCGAGAGCAGGAAGUAUAAUGAGUGGUGGACAAAACACUAAGCUCCCCUUCAAGUACUUUGACUACCCUGUUAGACUACUUAAACUGACUGUAGUUCUUAAGGUGCGUGAAGUAGCUAACCAGUAAAAUUAUUUCAGAGGUAUAGUCCUUAUGGGUGGCCCAUUGGGGUAAGUCUAUGGACAAGGGACCACCACCAUUUUCCAUCUCCCUUUUUAUCUCAAGACUUUCUAGAUGGUGUUUCAUCCCAUGCAAUGGCAAACAUUGGAAAUUAUAUAUGGCUGUAUGGUGGAUUGACUUUUUCCAAAGGACCGUUAGAUACCCUAGCGAGGUACAUGUACUGUCAUAUUACACUGGUAAAACCAUUACCAGAAAAUAAUUAAGAGGAAACAAUAUGCAAUGCAAUGCAAUGUCAUUUAUUUUGCAAUGUUGCCCACUCUGAAAUUUUUGCAGGGAAAAAUUUCUCUUGUUAGAUGUCUUGCGACCUCAAAGUAACCAAUGAGAAUGCACACUGUUGAGGGUUUUUUUCCAGCCAUAUGAAAAUAUUAAUUUUUAUGUUUUGUUCUCUUGGGCUGAGUUGUUCAAAAGUGGAAUAAUGCUAUCCACUGGAUAAAUCUUUAUGCAGUGGAUAGCGCCAGGGUCCGAAAUUAACUUUUUCAUAUGGGCGCCAACUGGUGAGCAAGUAUAAAUUUUCGGUCGCCAGGGGGCAAAUUAUGAUCGCCAAAAAUUCCCCUUGGCGGCUUGGAAACGUUCAACUCGUAUUGAUCGUAGCUGUUGUGGAGGUAUAUUUACAGGAAGAUUUGUUUCACUUUUAAAUUAAAAAAAUAUUUGCAGGACGAAAAGUAAGACACCUGUUGGCAAAUAGCUUCGAGGUUUCAAUUCUUAAUCAUUUUCUUCAAACAUGAAAGUCUACAAUGACAACCAGCUUUACCAGUCGCCAGCUGGUGAACAACUACGAGAUUCUGGUCACCAGAACUGAAUUUUUGGUCGCACUGGCGACCAGGAAGGCGCAAUUUCGGACCCUGAGCGCAUCAAUUGGUUUCACUAAUACUUAUUUGCUGGAUAGCGCUAUCCUCCGUUUGAACAACCAGGGCCUGGUGCUGUAGCACUGAACUGUCAAUUCUUCAUCUUUACUGCAUUCAGUCUCAUGAUAUCAAAUGACCUUGUUUUUUAAUUAAGGUACAACAUUAAGGAAAACUCCUGGGAGAUUAUUCAAGCUUCCAGUCAGCUAAAUAAAGGACCAUCAGCACGAUAUGACCAUUCAAUGGUGGCAUUUAAUGUAAGUGUAAUACAGUUGACUCCCAAUAAUUUGAACCUUUAAGGGAAAGAGAAAAUAGUUCGAGUUACUGGGAGUUCGAGUUAUCGACGGUAAAAUUAUAUAGGAAGCGAUCUGAGGGGGAAUGUAAAUUGCUUCAAGUUGGCGGGAGGUUCGAGUUACCAGGAUUCGACUGUACUUCAGAUUCCUUACUUGUUAUAAGUUAUGGCAAUUAAGGUGUCUGAUCCGUGGUCGGACAAAGAAAUUAUGUGCUUUUAAAAACUUAAGCAAAAUACUUCAAAGCUAAUAUAACUAAAGGUACUUUCAGCAUUGAAAGUUUAAGAUAUUUCCAAAUAUGCUGUAAAUUUACUAAACUUUUUGAAAGUUUUCUACAAAAGUUCCAGAGUGUAAGUGUUUGAAAACUGAAAGUCACUAGGCGUUAUGGUCAGUGCCAUUUUUCCAGUAUAAGAUUACUCGGCCACGGAUGUGAAGCGUUUUCAGCUAAAUGAAUCUCAGUAUUCUAGGAGAAAGGAAAAGAUAUUCAUGGCUCAUAACGGACACCUCUAUGAGAUGGAGAUCUUGCUAAAAUGGCGCCAAGAGUUGGUCCCUGCCUUUCUUUACUCCCUUAAUUUAUUUGACUCUUUAUAAGAGGGACACUUAGUGCCAAACCCAAACGUGUCCAUCUUAGAGAGAGAGGACUGUAUGUAUCCUUUCCCGUGACUCCUCUAACUGGAAAAUGAAAUCCCAGUAAAUAUAACCGUAAAACAGUCAAAGACGUGUGACUGCGGUGGAGGCAAAAGUGCUGUCCAAAUGCCAGGGGCUAGUAGGACAGUACAACUUUUUGGAUUAGUGAUUGAGUUUCCUCUACCAGAUGGAUGGUUUGAUUUAGAAUUUCUUUUCUUAGCUCUGAGAACAGAUUUUAUUUAGAACAAUAAAUGUACCUCAUUUUAACUAUGACAUUUCACUGUUACCUUGUGUUUAUUGAUUAUUAUUGGUUCACAGAAUUCUUUGUUUGUGUUUGGUGGCAUUUGCCAAGGCAUUGCUUCAAGUGAGACGUGGAUGUUUGAUACUUUAUCAAGAAAUUGGUCUCAGCUGGAUGUGAGCACCGUGGGUGUGGUGGGACACACGGCCACUGUUGUUGGAAAUGAGAUGAUUGUUCUGUUUGGAUAUAAUCCUGGACAAGGAUAUGUGAACAAAACUCAGGUUUUCAACUUAGGUAAGUUAGUAGGAGGCUUUUUUCAAUUGCAAAUCUGUUACCUUUUUCACUACCAGAGAGAAUGGGAUCAAUAGGUUUCUGGGAAACUGCCCACCUACCCCUCCCCUAACCCAACAUUUUGCCCCAUGCCAAGUGAGACCCAAAUGUUAACGUUGAGUCAGGGGAGGGGUAGGUGGGCAGUUUCCCAGAAAUCUUAAUUGAUCCAGAGAAUGUUGAGGUCAUGUAGUUUGAUUCUAAUUUUUAAGUCUUUGGAUUAAGUCUUAUGGUUCGUUUUUGGGUCAUAUGAAAUCUCUGACAUCAUUUUUUUUCCCGGCUUUUUCAUAGUGAAAUUUGGAAUUUUGUUAAAUUUAUUUGACUUUGGUCAUCACUUGGAGUGAAAGGGUUUAAAAGGCUUUACUCCCUGACCCUUGAGGAGGCAGUGCAUUUACAGCAGUUAAAAGGGAUAAAAUGUAAGAUAUACAAAUGGGCCCGGGGCACCUUUUCUGUCUAAAUUGGCAUAUAAAACGAUAAGGGGUAUGACCUCGAGGUAGAGCCUCGGACCCGUAUAAAACUUUGUUGAGCAACCCAAUUGGUGAUUUUUCUCUAACUGAUAAAGUGGCUUUAAAAUUUUCCUAUCUUUCCUUUCAACUUCUGUCAGUGACUAAAAAGUGGAGUUCCAAAGAUCUUACCACUGGCGGUGCCAGGCCAUCAUAUGGCCACAGCAGUGUGUAUGAUCCACAAACAGGAUGCAUAUAUGUACAUGGUGGGUACACAAUGUACAACGGAACCUACCAUGCACCUUCCAGCGGCACAUUCUGUUAUCAUCCGAAAAAUAAUAAAUGGAGUGCUCUGAAUUCCAGUGGUGUUCCGAGGUAUCUUCAUUCAGCUGUUCUGGUUGGUAGUGCCAUGAUUGUGUACGGUGGCAGAGGAAUCCAGGGGUAUUCGCCUCAUCCUCUCAUGGUGUUUGAUAUUGGUAAGUAUUCAAUGUACAUGGGGAUAGCGCAAGACCUUUCUUUAUUCUUUCUUAGUUUAGUGCAUACUUAAUUUCUUGAUUUUCGGCGCAAGAAAAUGAAAAGGAGAGGGUACAAAAAUCCAAAACAAAACAAAACAAAAACAAACAAACAUAAAAGAAAACAAAACAAAACAGUGAUUUAUCGGGUGGAUAGCGCUUAGCCUGCGAACAAGCUCUCCUAUUUGGGCAAGCGAAGUGAGCCUCGCGAGAACGCGCGAGGCCUGCCCCUUGCGGCUUCGCCGCUUGCUCGCGCGUUCUUGCGAGACUCGCUUCACUCGCCCAAAUAGGAGAGCUUGCUCGCGAGCUAGAUAGCCGUAUCCAAUGUCUGUCUUUAUAUGGCCUGUAUUAUGGUUAUAGUAGGACCCAUGUACCAAAGUGUAUGUAGCCUACGAUGGUACUCAAUGUUUGCGAGAGUUUUUGGGUUGUAUAUAAAAAACGUUACUACAAAAUUAAAUUUCUUCUUAUUUAGUCGUGUUCAUCGGAAGAAUUCCACUUUUGUGAAAAGGGUUUUUGAAGAUUAACACAAUGGCAAAUCUGUGGAAUUAAAUACCGCUUUGUUCAGUUUAGUUUUGAAUCACAAAAACGGAUGUAAUACAGCUUCAAAUCUUUCACGAAAUUAAGUACGAAAAAAGAAUUAGUUAGGUCAAAUAAAGUAGCUUGCGAAGAGUAGGGUAGCAAGGCUCUCGAGAGUUUCAUUCUACUUGCCUUGUUUUUCGUUGCGCAAUAGUUAAGUCAUUUCUUCCUAUUUUGAGCAAAAAAAUUCUGUUAACUUAAUAUUUCAGGUUCUUCGAAUGAAGCCGUUCGCUUUGUGGCUUCAUUCAACAAUUCAGCUCUAAGUAGUCACCUUUCAGCGUUGUCUCAUAGCAGAACCUUUUUGCUAUAGUGACUAGUGACAUCACGUCGAGCUUCUAGAGCUGUUAGACCAAAAAUAUAGCUUCCUUUAUUGCCUAGCCCUUUCCUUUUCUUGUAUCACACAGGGUUCGUACAGAGUCUUGAAUACUUGAAAAAGUCUUGAAAUUUGUCCAGCUAUUUUCCAGACCUGGAAAAAGUCUGGAAAAUAGAGAUGAAGCCUGGAAAAAUCGAUAGAAAGUCGAGUUUUUUUCUUCAAAGCUGCAACAAGUGCUUAAUCAGUGAAGUUUUUCUCGUUUUUGUCAAAUCUUAUUCAACCUCGCCCGUAUGUUUGCAGCGCACGACGAAAAAAGUUUUGUUCCUGCUUUUGUAAGGUCUCUAUUGAUCAUCUAUUUGAUAACCUUGAGUUAGGAAAAAGAAAUUAUUGUUUUGAAAAAAGGUCUGGAAAAAGUCUUGAAUUUUGGGUCCAAAAAACUGUGCGAACCCUGGUCAUAGUUCUUUUGUCUUCCAAGUUGUGUAAUCAACGAGUGACUCUUGUUAACACACUCAUUCCUUUGUUCUGGAAAUAGAAUUAUUCCUCUCUUUUCCAAGUAUGACACAAUUUUUGACUGUUCCUAGAAAAAAGAAUAUGGAAUCUUCCCAGUGACUCUGUUCUUCCUGAGACCGUGUCCCGGUAUGGCCAUUCGGCCGUGGAGGUUAACAGGUCAGAAACUAUAGCUGUCGUACAGAAUUUUACAUUAGGGCCAUUUAUACAAGGAAAACUAAGACGCGUCUUACGUGAGACGAGUCCUAAAUAAGGCGCAAACAACAGGUAAGGGCUCUUCUUAGACAAGACUCGUCUUACCUAAGUGGCGUUCUUAUUUCAGACGAAAUGGGACGUUUUAUACGGUACAGUUUGCGUCUUGUUCAGAACGCGUCCCAUUAUUCCUCAUAUAAAUGACACCAUCGUGUUGAUACAUUCUCUAUUUAAUUCGUCAGUAAUGUUGCCAGUGACUGACAUAAUUAUGAUUUUUGCAUGCAUACAACUCAAAUAGCUUGCUAAUGAGCUGUUAAUACACUGAGAUACAAUCAACUCUCUCUUAAACGGACAGCUUUGGGACCAGAACUAAGUGUCCGUCACAAAGUAAUAUCCCUCUUACAAAGAGUCAAAUAAAGGGAGUAGAGAAAGGCAGGGACCAACUCUAGCUGUCCGUUAUAGCGAGUUGUUCGUCUUAUAAAGGUGUCCUUUACGAGAGAGUCUUGUGUAUUUGCAAGAGCAACACAUAUUUCUAGUCUCUUCCCUUAGAAUUAAAUGACUGUCCACUGAUUUUCUUUCCAGUACAAUGUAUGCCUUUGGUGGGUUUCGAGGAAGUAUGAUGAAUUCUUUUCUUGAGUAUUCUCUUGGUAAGUUUUUUUUUUUUCACGUUUGUUAGUUGAGUUGUUUAAAUGAUUUAAAUCCCGCUUUUAUCAUAACUAUAACAAAAUUUUCAAAUCUGAUUGGCUAUCAACUGUUCUGAUUUCAGCACUAAUAGGAUAGUGUAAUACGACAGUGCGCGUCAUGCCUAUGUAAUUGGACAGAACGCGCCAUCGCGUGCGCGCACUUAGAUACUUAUUUGUUUCUUCAGGAGAGUGCUUCACACCAGGAUCUUCACUCAACUGCUUCAAGCCAUUACCCUCAGUGAUUUCAUCAGCAGGUAGCUUUUGUUCCUAUUUGACUAUAUUUCAGUAAAUAAAAUGAAGAACAAUCCCUUCCUACCAAUUUGCCCAAGGUUCGAAUUUCGAAGGCGACGCCGUUCUUGGGUUGAGUGUGUUCUUAGGUUCUUGGCCUUGCAUCGAGAGGUUUUUCCCUGGAUUCACCUGUUUUUCCCUUCGUCAAAAACCCGUCACUUCCAAGUUUUAAUUCUGUCCAGAAGAACCAUAAAUUAUGAAUGUAUUACGACAAAGUCGUUUUUUAUUUAAUUAAGUUAGUUAUUAACUUGGUCAAACAUUGUUGACAUCUUCCGAACCAAAAGAAUGGUUUAGCUUCCUCUAAAAUAGAACUGUUGUAAGAGAAAUUUUUACCUUCAAAGCCAAAAGCAUGGGCCAGGGCAAAAUAAUUACGAGUCCCAGUCAUGAUGGAAACCAAUCACUUGUUGGAAAAGCACUGAUUCAUUGGGAAACAGCCUGAAUUUUAGACGUCCCUUCGAUUCGCAUACUCCUGACGAGUAUCCCUUCGACGCAAACUUCAAGUCGCAUAUAUACUCUCGCUUAUCACGUCGCUGGAAGCAAGAGACUAUAAAGGGGACAGAGAGGGCAUCCCCCAUAUACACCCUAUUCCAUAGGUAAUUCGUCUCGAGUUGUUUUUAGAAACGGGAUAAAGUUACCUCGCGCGAGGCGUGGAUGUUUCGUGGAGGUUUCGCAUGACUAAACGCCGUGCAAAACAUGUCGGGCGAAAGGCAAUGAAAGCGUAAAAAGAUCGACAGCAUUCCUGAAUAUUGAAGCGAAAUGAGUCGGCGCUCACCUGGGAAAAAGGAAUCGCUGGACUCUUUGAUAACCCGUGAAAUCAUUUUAACUCGAAGUUGUCGUAACCUCAGUGCUUUAAUAAAAUGAGAAAUUUCUCCGGUCUAUUGAAACCGGUCGUUUGUACGAUAAAGCAAGUAGGACGCCAAGUGUUAUUUUUGUUGAAUAAUAAAAGACUAAUAAAGGAAUAAAUAUCAAACCAGAAAUUGCUCUCUUCAAAUUGUAAAUUAUAAAUGAUCCUGAGAGAAUAUUCAGUGUGUUAAGGAUUUCCCUGCUGUACUGUUAGCUCUAUACAAGAGAGGAAGGGCGAUUCUUUUUUAAUUUCCGUUUCGCUGACACAGCUUUCGCAGAAAUCUCGCUGUAGUCGUUUUCGUCGGCAAAAGGAAUAGCAAAAUCGCUCUCCGCGUGUUCCCCCAUUUUGUUCCGCGUCAAUUCGUGGAGGACGCGUGGCUCUAGCGUGGUUCGUUCACGCGGAAUACAUUCGCGCUAUGUGAUAUGCUGUUGUCCAAUCCCCCUUGGGAUCUGCGGUUCUAAAAAUAACUCGAGACGAAUUACCUAUGGAAUAGGGUGUAUAUGUGGGAUGCCCUCUCUGUCCCCUUUAUAGUCUCUUGGCUGGAAGGCAUUAGCGGCUCGUUGAUUCAGACGUCCCUUUUGGGGGUAUGCGACUCGAAGGGACGUCUGAAAUUCAGGCUAUGGGAAACUGAGCAGAGGCACAUAUUCCAAAGUUCUAUGUUGGGGAAAGGAAACUAAGUGCUUCCUCAAUAUUAACUGAAACGUUCCAAACCGAAAAAAAAACGAAAGUAUAGGACAUAUUUUGCUUUCUCCUUUAAAUACAGCGCCUGUUAUUAACAAGAGAGCAUAAAAAUGAGAAACUCUUCAAGUGAUAUUUAUUUCUUUUCACAUGUAGAUAUUUCUGUAUCACGCAACUCUCAAGUUUACAAGUGUCAUCUGAGACAGUCUUGUCAAGAGUGUAUCAGUGGAGACUCAGAUGAAAGCUGUGUUUGGUGUGAGUCAAACAGUCAGUGCGUGUCUAAGGUCUUCUAUGAUGUCACCUUUCCAUAUCUACAGUGUUUGCACGCUCUGGAACGCGGAAAAGGCACAUGUUCUAGUAAGUUACCCUUUCAAAGUUGCCAAAUUUAGCUAUUAUGAACUGGCCAACAAAUGAAGUGAAAUGUAAAAAUAACUUCUUUAA